AUGACAAGUGGUCCCAAAUACAGUGACACACGAUGCGGGAAAGAGAUAGAUGACUCUAGGGCGUCGAGUGUGUGUAAAGGCUGCACUUUCGACGGAUUGCCAGCGAUUUUCUCGUUCAAUAUUAUCAUUUUAUUAUCGCCAUAUUACGCAUCGAAUUGCAUCAUGAAGGUCAUUGCGUUAGCAGUAUCUUGCCUUCUGGCGUUGUCCGCUGUUUCAGCGGAGACAUGUUUCAAUGAUGUCUCGAUGGACUGUGGACAGGCGUCAAACAGUCUUGGUUUGCCAAGCUGUAACGCCAUCUAUGGCCACUUCAGCCGCCAAGGAAAUGUAGCGAACGAGAUGCAAGCAUACGCCAAUCUGCACAUGCGCAGAUCGUACGAGUACCUCCUUUCAGCCGCUUAUUACAACAACUACCAGACGAACCGUUUGGGUUUCAGCAAACUCUUUCAGAAGCUCUCCGAUGAGACCUGGGACAAGACUAUUGAGUUGAUCAAACACAUCACUAAGAGAGGUGGUUCCAUGGACUUUGCUCGUCGCAGCGUUCAAGAGACAGUCACCAGGAACAGCACCAUUGAGCUCCAAGAGUUAGAAUCCCUUGCCCACGCCCUUGACACUCAGAAGGAGAUUGCUGAACGUGCUUUCUACAUCCACCAGGAGGCCACCAGGAACAACCACAAGACCCACGAUGCUGAGAUUGCUCAAUACCUAGAGGAAGAAUUCAUCGAAGACCACGCAGACACUAUCAGGAACCUGGCUGGACACACGUCUGAUCUCAAGCAAUUCAUUGUACAGAAUGACGGAAACGACUUGUCCAUUGCCCUGUACCUCUUCGACGAGUACCUUCAAAAAACUGUCUAA